AUGUUGCGCAACGCCAUGCUCGGUCCAUCGGCGCGCGCCAACAUGCGCUACCGGUUCAGAUCCUCACCGUUACCAUCUCAUCGGAGAGUACAGUCCGGUGGCCCUUUCCAGGCUAUGCGACCGCCAUCACCGGAAGAGCUCGGUGCGCCUAGGCGGGCGAAAGAAUAUAAAGGUGGAAGGCGAUGGGCUAGGAAGCUGCUGAUUAUAUCGGCCGUGGGAGGUAUAAUAUAUCUUGGUGACCGUCAAAUAUAUGCCUCAGGGUUUGGACGCUCGCUGCGCACAUUUGGAACUGGUUUGCUCGUGGCCUUCGACUACAAGCUGAACUUUCGACCGCAGCCUCUUACAGGCGGAACUGUACAGGACUUGCAUAACCGCAAUGCUGAACGGCUAUUCAACUUGUUGCGUGCCAACGGAGGACUGUACCUCAAGAUCGGGCAGGCCAUCGCGAUGCAGAGCGCCGUGCUUCCACCCGAGUUUCAAAAAAUGUUCAGUCGUAUGUUUGACGAUGCGCCGCAGGACGAGUGGACUGAUGUUGAAGCUGUGAUACGCCAGGACUUUGGAAAGAGUGUUGAAGAAGUAUUUGGCGUUAGCUUCAUAGGCAAGGAGGGCAUGGGACUAAUGGAGCGCAAAGCUCGGGCGAGUGCAAGUGUUGCUCAGGUUCACUGGGCUAGACUUGCAGACGGACGGGAAGUUGCUGUCAAGAUCCAGAAACGAGAAAUUGCCAAACAAAUAUCGUGGGAUCUGUGGGCUUUCAAAACAGUUGCGUGGAUCUAUUCAAAAUGGUUUGAUCUCCCGUUGUAUAAAAUGGUGCCCUUCAUCACGGAGCGGCUUGAGUUGGAAACCGAUUUCGUCAACGAGGCCAAAAAUUCUGAGAAGAUGCGAGAACUGGUUAACGGAGAGAAGUCUUUGAAAGGACGAGUUUAUAUCCCCACAGUAUAUCCCGAAUUUACGACAAAACGGGUUCUUGUGACUGAGUGGAUUGAGGGCAUAAGGCUUUGGGACAAGAAAGCAAUGACUUCCAGAUGGCUCGGAGGACACGGAAACGGCUCACCCGGUGCUGAAAGUUCACUACCCAGAAUCGACCUCGAAGCCGCUCGACGCGAGCUUCGUACGCGGCCCUACCAGGAGAAUCUCAAACCAGAGCGUCAAGAAUGGAGAGGUCGACGAGGCCGAGGUGGACUGGGGUUGUCCCCGCGAGAAGUCAUGACUACCAUGGUGGAUUUGUUUUCUGCGCAAAUUUUCAAAUGGGGAGUCGUUCACUGUGAUCCGCAUCCAGGUAACAUUUUUAUCAGACGUCUACCCAACGGUCGCGCAGAGCUCGUACUGAUUGACCAUGGGCUGUACGUGUAUAUGUCUCCAAAAUUCAGAAACGAGUACGCUACAUUCUGGAAGGCGCUUAUGACUUUCGACAACAAGACGAUUUCGCGGGUGACGGAUGCAUGGGGUAUAAAGGCGGCAGACCUCUUCGCAAGCGCGACAUUGCUGCGACCAUACGAGGGCGGGGACAAUCGUACCCGUAAUGGUAUUAUGAAGGGACUUGAGGGCAAGACACCCGCCGAACGACAUUACGCUAUGCAGCAGCGAAUGAAGCAAGGAAUUCGGGAAAUGCUAGCAGAUGAAGAGAAGUGGCCGCAAGAGCUGAUUUUUAUCGGUCGAAACAUGAGGAUUGUACAAGGUAACAACCAGUACCUGGGCUCUCCUGUCAACCGCGUCAAGAUGAUGGGUGAAUGGGCAAGCCGCAGUCUCUUCGAAGACCCCCAGUUACCAUUGAGUCAGCGCCUUCAAAACCGCUGGCGCCAUGUCAUCUUCAAGACAGUCAUGGCAGCAUCAGAUAUAGCCUUCUACAUGUUCAAGCUGCGCCAAUGGCUGGGCCUCGGAGGAGGCAUGGAGGAUGAGAUGGAAAAGAGAAUGAAGGACGUCGCAUCAGACUUUGGUAUCGAGCUUCAGCACGAUGUAUUCGACGGAUGA